UUUGAGGUUCCGGUCGCUCCGGUAGGACAGAGAUGGGAUUCAUCGGUUUUCAGAUCCAAAUAAAUCAACGUAAAGCCUGAACUCGGGCUCAAAUGAUGGGUAAUCGAUAGUUUAGUUGUUUUAUGCUGUUUUAUGAUUUAUUUCGGUGCAGACUGUGAAGGUAAAGCCGUAUAGCCGAACUUAUCGGACUUGUUCCACCCGGGGAAGGAAGUUUGCUGUGGCGAAGGAAACAUUGAAACCGCGGAGGGACAAAACAUCCCGACAUGGAGGACUCGGUGUCGGCCCUGGAGAAAAAUGUGGCUGACCUCACGGUCAUGGACGUGUAUGACAUCGCCGCGGUGGUGGGCCAGGAGUUCGAGCGGAUCAUAGACCAGUAUGGCUGCGAGGCUCUGUCCAGGCUGAUGCCCAAAGUAGUCCGGGUCCUGGAGAUCCUGGAGGUGAUGGUGAGCCGCAACAGCAUCAGCCCGGAGACCGAGGAGCUGCGGCUGGAGCUGGACCGGCUGCGGCUGGAGCGGCUGGACCGGCUGGAGAAGGAGAAGAGACACAGACAGGAGCUGGAGCGGGUGGAGGAUGUGUGGAGGGGUGAAGCUCAGGAUCUGCUCUCCCAGAUCGCUCAGCUGCAGGAGGAGAACAAGAACCUCCUCUCCAAUAUGUCGAUUAAAGACUCGAUGAACGAGGAGGACCUGCAGAGACAUGAAGGAAUGACGGAGAUUGAGAAGCAGGUGAUGCUGAAGCUGAAGGAGGUGGUGGACAAGCAGAGAGACGAGAUCCGAGCCAAGGACCGGGAGCUCACGCUGAAGAACGAGGACAUAGAAGCACUCCAGCAGCAGCAGUCUCGUCUCAUGAAGAUCAACCACGACCUGCGCCACAAAAUCUCGGUGGUGGAGGCUCAGGGGAAGGCGCUCAUCGGGCAGAAGGUGGAGCUGGAGGCAGGCGCUCAGGCGCAAGCGCAGGAAGUCGCCGCCCUUCGGCAGGAAGUCACACGCUUACGAGAACGGCUUCAAGGAGAGCUGCCCACGCAGAACCCCGAGGAACCCCCAAAUCUGCCCCCAUCACCUGCAGAGCGUGGUACAGCUGCAGCAGUGCCGCUGGGGGCCGAGGGCUGGGCAGACAGACCCGACCUCUGUGAGCUGAUGCCGGUCGGGUUUGAUCCCACCUUGCGGCCCCUGUCCGGCUCCCUCAGUCCAGAGGGACGCGAGGAUGAGGAGGCCGAGGAAGAGGCAGUGUUGCUUUGGGAGGCGAUGUGUGAUGAAGACAUGCCUGCUGUGUUCCAAUAUUUCACCAAGGAGGCCCUGUGUGAGGAGGAGCCAGGCGGCCCCGAACUGAAGGACCCCAACAGGCCUCGCUUCACCCUGCAGGAGCUGAGGGACGUCCUCCAUGAGAGGAAUGAGCUCAAAGCCAAAGUCUUCCUGCUGCAGGAGGAGCUAGCAUACUACAAAAGCGAUGAAGCCGAGGAUGAGGCUCUGACUCCGUCUCCCUCCCCUGAACUGAGGACUCGCUCCCGUUCUUCUGCCCAGCCCGAAUCAGGAAUCAAACGCCUGUUUAGUUUCUUCUCGCGGGACAAGCAGCGCACCUCGCAGCGGGGCGCGCAGCUCGACUCCAGCUUCAGCUCGUGGGCGGGGAAAGACGACGUGUACACAGAACAAGCCCAGGAGGCUCUACAGCACCUGUAGGCUCCGGAGCGGUAACACUCCACAUCCAUCACUCCAACACACACCAAACCACCACCAAGACUUGCUGCAGCUGAAGCAUCAUCUGCUUCAGAUGAGAGCGCUCAGACAGAAGAGGAUGGUCCAGAAGAAAUGCAAUAAAAUCACAUUUUCAAAGGUUAUUUAACCACGAGAGGAGCUGACGCCCGUGGGAGGUGGCUCAGAUUGACUGGAGCUCUGAAAGAAGCAGGAAGUGUUUUUGUUUGUGUGCAGAACAGAGACGUAAACUCAGGUUGAAGGCAGGAGAGCGCAACGUUGCUGAGGGUCCAGAGGUAACGGCGAGGUGGGCGAACAGAUGAGGCUUUAAAACAAGCUGCAAAUCCACUUUAAUGAAGGAAAAACUGGAGAUUUAUUUUUGAACCCCUUGUGUGUUUUUAUCAUGAUGCUGCUCAUCAGCUGGGUGAGUGUGAGGCCUGCAGGAAAAAAGCAUAAAAGAAGCAGAAGACUGAACGUCUGCGGCAGCAUCCGAUACCUAACACAGCUAAAUGAAAAUAAUCAGGUUGGACCUUCAUUUAGCUGCAUUUGUUUUAACUCACAGAAAACAUCCUGAAUUUAAUUUA